CUGCGGCUCAAACCUUUGUCGCUUCCUUCCUUGCUUGUCAGCCUCUUACCCAAGAUGCGUGAGCUCGUGCACGUGCAGGGUGGACAGUGCGGCAACCAGAUCGGCGCAAAGUUCUGGGAGGUGAUUGCGGACGAACAUGGCAUUGACCCCACAGGCACCUACCACGGCGAUUCCGACUUGCAGUUGGAGCGGAUCAACGUUUACUUCAACGAGGCAACUGGCGGCCGCUAUGUGCCUCGUGCCGUGCUGAUGGACUUGGAGCCGGGGACCAUGGACAGCGUCCGCGCAGGGCCCUUCGGCCAGCUCUUCCGGCCGGACAACUUUGUCUUCGGACAGACCGGUGCCGGCAACAACUGGGCGAAGGGCCACUAUACAGAAGGGGCCGAGCUCAUCGACUCAGUGCUCGACGUGGUUCGAAAGGAGGCCGAGGGCUGCGACUGCCUGCAGGGCUUCCAGCUGUGCCAUUCCCUUGGUGGAGGCACGGGCGCGGGCAUGGGCACCUUGCUGAUCUCCAAGGUGCGCGAGGAGUAUCCAGACAGAAUCAUGGAGACGUUCUCUGUGAUUCCCUCGCCCAAAGUGUCCGACACCGUCGUGGAGCCGUACAAUGCCGUGCUCAGCUUCCAUCAGCUCGUGGAGAAUUCGGAUGAGUCCUUCCUGCUGGACAACGAGGCAGGCUCUCGCAUGACCAGAACCUGCCCCUACUUUGUGGAGUGGAUCCCGAACAACAUCAAGGCAUCGGUCUGCGACAUCCCGCCGAAGGGCUUGAAGAUGGCGGUCUCCUUUGCCGGGAAUUCCACCGCCAUCCAGGAGAUGUUCAAGAGGGUUGCGGAGUACUUCACUGCCAUGUUCCGCCGCAAGGCUUUCCUGCACUGGUACACCGGCGAGGGGAUGGAUGAGAUGGAAUUCACAGAGGCCGAGUCCAACAUGAACGACCUGGUCUCUGAGUACCAGCAGUACCAGGAUGCCACGGCGGAGGAGGAAGGUGAAUUCGAUGAAGAGGAGGGCGAAUACGAUGGCUUGGAAGCUUGGGACGAGACCUGCCAGCUGGGCACCGAACGUGGGGCACAACGCGUCCAGGUGCGGCAACCAGAUCGGCGCAAAGUUCUGGGAGGCACCUACCACGGCGAUUCCGACUUGCAGUUGGAGCGGACCCUCGCCUUGUGGUUGCCGAAGUGCUUGUGGAUCAACGUUUACUUCAACGAGGCAACUGGCGGCCGCUAUGUGCCUCGUGCCGUGCUGAUGGACUUGGACGCCCGGCGCAAAUGGCCCUUCGGCCAGCUCUUCCGGCCGGACAACUUUGUCUUCGGACAGACCGGUGCCGGCAACAACUGGGCGAAGGCUGGAAAAGAGGCCGAGGGCUGCGACUGCCUGCAGGGCUUCCAGCUAUGCCAUUCCCUUGGUGGAGGCACGGGCGCGGGCAUGGGCACCUUGCUGAUCUCCAAGGUUCGCGAGGAGCGGAUGUUGAUGACGGGCCAAGGAAUCAUGGAGACGUUCUCUGUGAUUCCCUCGCCCAAAGUGUCCGACACCGUCGUGGAGCCGUACAAUGCCGUGCUCAGCUUCCAUCAGCUGGUGGAGAAUUCGGAUGAGUCCUUCCUGCUGGACAAUGAGGCAGGCUCUCGCAUGACCAGCGGGCUUUUGUGCAUGGGCUAG